GUGGUGAGGUGGCUGAGUGGGCGCAAACGAACCAGGGUACUAGGGUGGGCGCAGGGCGCCGAGUCGCAUCGCCAAAGCAGUGAGGCUCGCUCCGGGAGGCCCAGGGGCCAGAGCACGCGCACCUCGCCUCCAGACAUGGGGUCGGCAGCGUUAGAAAUUUUGGGUCUGGUGCUGUGCCUAGUGGGCUGGGUAGGCCUGAUACUGGCAUGCGGACUGCCCAUGUGGCAGGUGACCGCCUUCCUGGACCACAACAUCGUGACAGCGCAGACCACAUGGAAGGGGCUGUGGAUGUCAUGCGUGGUGCAGAGCACAGGGCACAUGCAGUGCAAGGUGUAUGAGUCUGUGCUGGCACUGAGCACCGAGGUGCAGGCGGCGAGGGCGCUCACCGUCGGCGCGGUGCUACUGGCGCUGGUUGCGCUCUUCGUAAGCCUGGCGGGCGCACAGUGCACUACCUGUGUGGCCCCAGGCCCAGCUAAAGCCCGCGUGGCUCUCACAGGCGGCGUGCUUUAUGCGCUGUGCGGGCUGCUGGCACUCGUGCCACUCUGCUGGUUCGCCAACAUCGUAGUCCGUGAGUUCUACGACCCGGCGGUGCCAGUGUCACAGAAGUAUGAGCUGGGUGCAGCCUUGUACAUCGGGUGGGCGGCCUCUGCUUUGCUCAUGUGCGGUGGCGGCCUUGUGUGCUGCGGAGCCUGGGUCUGCGCUGGCCGCCCGGACCUCAGCUUUCCAGUCAAGUAUUCUGCGCCACGGCGGCCGACGGCCAGCGGUGACUACGACAAGAAGAACUACGUCUGA